AUGGUGACUAGCAGCAAAACCGUGAUGCUCCGCAGCUCGGACGGCGAGGAGCUCGUGGUCCAGGCAGAGACUAUGGCGGCGGCGUCCAUGCUGAUCCGGGACAUGCUGGAGGACGACGGCGCGGGCGCCGGCGCCGGCGUGAUCCCGCUGCCUAAGGUGACCGGCCGCAUCCUCGCUCGCGUUGUCGACUACUGCACCUGUCACUAUGAGGCCGCGCAUGCCGUCGUCAACCCCGACCUGGAGCGCUUCGACGCCGACUUCGUCGGCGGAAUGGACCAUGACACGUUGAUGAGCCUCAUCCUCGCCGCCAACUACCUCGACGUGCAGGGUCUCUUGGGCCUGGCCUGUAAGACGGUGGCCGACCGGACG